AUAACUGUGAUUGCUGCGAUUCGAUUGAGAUGCUUUCCCUUCUGACGUUCGUCGCUCUCGUGGCCGCUGCUAACGCGGAUCCGCUCUACAAAAGAAAUCAGGUCUUUCCAAACGGCCGCAUCGUGGGGGGUGAGAACGCAGUGAUCGAGACCUACCCCUACCAAAUCUCGCUGGAGCUGUAUGGACGUCACAAUUGCGGCGGUUCAAUCGUUUCGGAGUAUUACAUCGUAACUGCAGGCCAUUGCGUCACUGGGCCGGCAGAAGAUCUAACAGUUCGCGCCGGUAGCUCGAUCCUGGGCAAGGGUGGUAGCGUACACCUAGUCGACAAGAUCGUCCGUCACGAAAAGUACGCAUUGAACGAGUCCGGCAUCCCUAUACACGAUGUCGCUGUGCUCCGCGUGAAGGAACCCUUCCAGUUUGACGAUAAACGGCAGCCCAUCAAUCUGUACGACGUCGGCGAGGAAGCCAAGGCUGGAGUGAUGGCCGUCGUGACCGGCUGGGGCAAAACUGGCCAAGGAUGUCCUAUUCAGCUUCAGACAGUUUCUAUACCUAUUGUGAGCAAGAAGCUCUGUAACGAGGCUUACAAGAGUUUCGGAGGUCUACCAGAGGGUCAGAUUUGUGCUGCUUACUACGGAGAGGGUGGUAAGGAUGCCUGUCAGGGUGACUCUGGUGGACCUUUGACUAUUGAAGGACGCCUUGCUGGAAUAGUGUCAUGGAGCAGCGGCUGUGCUCAAGCCAAUUACCCGGGAGUUUACACGGAAGUUGCUACCUAUCGGGACUGGAUAAACGAACACGCUGAGCUUUGAGUGACAUUUGCAAUAUUUGUGGCAGUAAGCGCGGAAGGAACCUUGCUGAUUGGACUUUUAUGUAUAUAGUAGCGCAUAAGUGAUGUUGAAUAUUUUAUUGCUGCAAUAAAUGAUGUGAGUGGCUUUGUACAUAUUGGGUUGCAUGGGUUUUGACAAGCAUGAAAAUGAGCGAGUAAUUGUUAAAAUGCGAUUUUUUUUUUGUUUUAAAUAAAAAUAUUAAAACAUUGACU